AUGCCACCGAAACUAAGGACAGAGGUGGAGGCUAUCAAGCUCGGCCCGACCCUUCGUGAGGGCGAGAACUGUUUUGGCGUGUGCCAUCUCUUCGCAUCGUUCAACGACACAUUCAUUCAUGUCACUGAUCUAUCCGGUCGUGAGACCCUCGUCCGCCGUACGGGUGGUAUGGAAGUGAAGGCCGAUCGCGAUGAAAGCUCACCUUACGCUGCUAUGAUGGCGGCUCAGAAGGUCGCUGAGCGCCUCAAGGAGCUCGGUGUCACAGCCAUCCACAUUAAGCUUCGCGCCACUGGUGGAAACACCACCAAGACCCCGGGACCGGGCGCCCAGUCUGCGAUGCGUGCGCUCGCUCGUUCCGGACUCAAGAUUGGCCGUAUUGAGGAUGUCACGCCCAUUCCCACCGAUUCCACAAGGAAGAAGGGUGGUCGCCGUGGUCGCCGUUUGUAAUCUGCCCGCCUGGCCUCUCUUUGGCAUUCGCUUUUUUAUCGCAUGACUGGCGCUUGUUCUUUCAAGUGCGAUUUUAGCGAGUGUUCUCGAUAUAAACAAUAAAUUCGCAGAGGCUGGCCUCUUCAGGUUACUUCGAGCUUUCCGUAUCCAA